CAUGGCAGGAGGGACUUCUACAAGAUCCUGGGGGUGUCCCGUGGUGCCUCCAUCAAGGACAUCAAGAAGGCUUAUCGCAAACUGGCGCUGCAGCUGCAUCCCGACAGGAAUCCUGAUGACCCACGGGCACAGGAGAAGUUCCAGGACCUGGGAGCAGCCUAUGAGGUGCUGUCGGAUGAGGAGAAGAGGAAGCAGUACGAUGCCUACGGUGAGGAAGGCCUGAAGGAUGGGCACCAGAGCUCCCAUGGAGACAUCUUCUCCCACUUCUUUGGGGACUUUGGAUUCAUGUUUGGGGGGAACCCUCGUCAGCAGGACCGAAACAUCCCCCGAGGGAGUGACAUCAUUGUGGACCUGGAGGUCACCCUGGAGGAGGUGUAUUCAGGAAACUUUGUAGAAGUUGUCAGGAACAAGCCAGUGGCCAGACAGGCUCCUGGCAAACGGAAAUGCAACUGCAGGCAGGAGAUGAGGACCACCCAGCUGGGGCCUGGGCGAUUCCAGAUGACCCAGGAGGUUGUUUGUGACGAAUGUCCCAAUGUCAAGCUUGUGAACGAGGAGAGGACACUGGAAGUGGAGAUAGAGCCAGGUGUGAGGGAUGGCAUGGAGUAUCCCUUCAUCGGGGAAGGUGAGCCCCACGUGGAUGGGGAACCAGGUGAUCUGCGCUUCCGAAUCAAAGUCCUCAAGCACCCAGUGUUUGAAAGGAGAGGAGAUGACUUGUACACAAACGUGACAAUCUCGCUGGUCGAGGCACUCACAGGCUUUGAGAUGGACAUUGCCCACUUGGAUGGGCACAAGGUUCAUGUGGCUCGGGAUAAAAUCACCAAACCUGGUGCCAAGCUGUGGAAGAAGGGAGAAGGUCUUCCAAACUUUGACAACAACAACAUCAAAGGCUCUCUAAUAAUCACCUUCGAUGUGGAGUUCCCCAAGGAGCAGCUGACAGCUGAGCAGCGGGAAGGGCUGAAGCAGCUGCUGAAACAAGGACCUGUGCAGAAGGUGUACAACGGGCUGCAGGGAUAUUGAUGUGUGGAGCCACUGGACUGCCCUGGAAUGGCAAAUCAGAUGUGUUAGCAGCCUUUUCUCUUGCCCACUGGAGAAUGGAAGAGGGGGGGAGGGGGACAAUGCUUGAGGGAUAGCUAACCUUUCAUUUGGAAACGAUGCGAGUGCUCAGAGCUGGGGGAAAAAAGACCUUUUCAGGACAUCACUGGUGCUGCCUAUCGUGUUCCACAGCCUGGAACGACAGAGACUCCUGGAGCAGGACAAACAAAAAGGUGGGGAAAGGAGUUUUCAAUUCCACACAGAUGGGAAUUUCUGAUUUUUAAAUAUAUUUUGAUGUGACUUUUCUUGACCAUCUCAA